UGGGGCGUGCGAGCGGACGAUCCACUAGCUGAGUGUCUCUCAGUAGUGUACACACCCGCUCCGGCUGCUCCCCUCCACUCCUUCCCUCACACUCUGUAGCCAUGGACUCGUUGGAUGAAGAACAGAUUGGCGCCCUCCAGAAGGCCUUCGACUCCUUCGACACUGAUAGCAAGGGCUUCAUCACCCCGGAGACCGUGGGCGUUAUCCUCAGGAUGAUGGGCGUCAAGAUCUCUGAGAAGAACCUUCAGGAGGUUAUCGCCGAGACUGACGAGGACGGCUCCGGUGAGUUGGAGUUUGAGGAGUUCGUGGAGUUGGCCGCUAAGUUCCUGAUUGAGGAGGACGAGGAGGCGCUGAAGACUGAGCUAAGAGAGGCCUUCCGUGUGUACGACAAGGAAGGUAACGGCUACAUCACCACCGAUGUCCUGAAGGAGAUCCUGAGAGAGCUGGACAACAGGUUGACUGAGGAGGAUCUUGACAGCAUCAUUGAGGAGGUGGACGAAGACGGCUCCGGCACCCUCGACUUUGAUGAAUUUAUGGAGAUGAUGAACGGUUAAACGAUGGGUGUCCCUCUCUUUCCUUCCUUCCUUCCUUCCUUCCUUCCUUAAUUCCUUCCUUCAUUCCUUCUCGUCAAUCUUCCUUAUUAACAAUAUAUCACAAAAUAACAUGGGAUAAUUUCAUUAACUCACGACUACAAGGAGGGGGCUGCAAUGUCGACCCCCCCACGCUCACUUCACAUUCACAAACUUUUUUUUUCAUUCUCAUUCGUGUUUUUUAUCAUCUCUUUGUUUUUCUUUCUAUUUAACCUUUCGAAUAUAAUUAAACAGUAUUUAUUUUCUCAUGUAAACACCUCCUGACCUUAUCAUCCAAGGACUUGACCCGGUACCUCUGGUUUUGCUUAUUUCUGCGUUUUCUUACGACACGUGACAGCUAAGUAUGUCAUUCGCUUAAUCUCUGGACACGUGACAGCUAAGUGUGUCACUCGCUUAAUCUCUGGACACGUGAUAGCUAAGUAUGUCAUUCGCUUAUUCCCUUGACACGUGAUAGCUAAGUAUGUCAUUCGCUUAUUCCCUGGACACGUGACAGCUAAGUGUGUCAUUCGCUUAUUCCCUUGACAUGUGGAUAAUCGCGUGUCAAUCGCUUAAACUGUGUAUGAAGGAAAAAAUAUCGCUUAUAAAUCCCUUAUUGCUCGUUAGAUCUUUUGUCAUUCGCUUAUAUUAUACACUCCUACAGUGCUUGUUGAUCGCUUACUCCCUCAUGCUCGAUAAAACUCGCUUCUUAACUCGCUUAGCACCUGUUGUAAUAAUGCUUAAUCUUAUGAGCGCUUAUACUAUAUCUCAGCUUAGUUAUAUCGCAUACUCUUAGUUAAGCUGCUUACUUGUUUAGAUCGCUUACUCUUACUAUCGCUUAAUACCUAUCGCCUUACAUCGCUUACUCUUUCUAUCGCUUAAUACCUAUUGCCUUACAUCGCUUACUCUUACUAUCGCUUAAUACCUAUCGCCUUACAUCGCUUACUCUUUCUAUCGCUUAAUACCUAUCGCCUUACAUCGCUUACUCUUUCUAUCGCUUAAUACUUAUUGCCUUACAUCGCUUACUCUUUCUAUCGCUUAAUACCUAUCGCCUUACAUCGAUCACUAUCGCUUACACGGGACCUCACCUCGCUGCCAAGACAAAAUCGCUCUUAAAACAAAACCUCUCCACUCAGUUCUUCAUUAACACUACGACUGUAUUAAGAAAUGCCAAGUUAAAUCUCUAAGUUUGAUUCAUAUCUUACAGCAAAGUUCAAAGAUCUUUACAUGGUCAAAACUCUAUGUCUUUCCGGGUUAAGGAAAUAGAACCGUAACUUAAACUUAACAACAAUAACUGAUAAGAAUAAUUUUUUCAUUUUAAUUUAAUAUAUACAUCAAAACUUUAAUCUAUUUGCUGUCUGGUUUAACAUACAGUAUUAUGUAUAUAAAUAUGUGUAUAUAUGUAUGUAUUUAUGCAUACAUGUCAUAAAUAUACAUAAUUUAGUCAGUAUUAGUAUUUUUCUCGAUCUAAAUGAUUGGAGUAUUUCUUAUACACAAUGUACUGUUUACGUGAGUUUAUACACCUGAUCACUUUAUGUUUUGGUUCUUCUUCCUCCUUCUCCAGACAUUAUUGGUGACUACUGAUAUUUACUCUAUUUAUUGUGUGUUACUCUGCUUCUUCUUCUUCGCGGUGUUUUAAUUAUUUUCCAGCAUAAAUAGUUUAUAUUUUGUUUAUUUAUUAUGUUUAUCCCUUCUUAUACUGUCUUAUAUUUUUGUUUAUUCUCUAAUAGUUUCUUAUUUAUCUUUAUUUAUUUCUCUAUUCUUUACUUAUUUUUUCUUUUUAAUUUAGUCUUGUCUCUCACUUAUUCACUUCCUUUCUUUCUUCUUUCUCUCUAUUGAUGAAAUUUCAACUUUUUUAUUCAUUUACGCAUUUCCAUUUUGCAGAGUUCAUGGAAAUGAUGGCUGGGUAAAGGAGGACACACACACACACACACACACACACACACACACACACACACACUCCCAGCUAGAGGGGCCGGAGUGUGUCAACAACUCCUCUCUCUCUCAUCUUCUCCUUACGUUAACAUUAUACAUAUUUACAGAUUUUUUUUCUAUUUCUCGUUUUUCAUCUUUUAUUUUUUUUCUUUCUCUUCUUUCGUCUUAAGAUAGAAUCAUUCAUCUCCAUGGCAGAAUAAUAUGUAAUUCUUUCCUCCUCUUCCUUCUCCAUCUCCUCCUACUCCUUCUCCUCCUCCUUCUACCUCUUCCUCCGUCUAGUCUGUUUGCUGUUCUUCAUAUUUUUUAUCACCUGAAGCUCAUUAAUUUACCUGGGCUGUGUCAUCUGACCAGGUAAUCGGUGGCCCAAACACAUAAUAAAACUAAUAAUAAAAAAAUACAAAUAAAUGUUUACCUGUAGCCGGAUCAUUACGGAAGAAUACCUGGCCGUAACAGUGGACGGUAAACACCUCAUAAAAGUCUUACUGUUGACUACUACCACCAUUACCACCACUUCUACUACUACUACUACUACUACUACUACCAGCAUCACCACCGUCUCUCUAAACAGCUGUUCAUCUGAGCUGAUUCAUAAAUAUAGAAUAGAGAAUCUGAA